AUGGGGGACCAGAGGCCGCAGGACCGGCCGAGGUCCCCGGGCAUGGACUCCACUCCCAGGUACUGUGACAAGCGGCCUUCCAAGUGCUUCGCGGAUCGCAAGCACAGGCGCGUGAAGCUGCCACCCAUAGACACGGAAAACUGGAUAUUUGUGAAGGAGGGCAUGGACGACUUCCGCUACGGCUGUCCAUCUCCCGAGGAUAUGCUCAUUUGCCGCCGGGAUGACUUCUUACUCCCCAAAAUCUCUAGCAGAAGUCCGCAUGCUGACCCCCAAAGCAGGCAGAAAAAGCUACUCAAGAAAGCGGCCCUAUUUUCCAAACUCUCGCCAGCCCAGCUAGCACGGAAGGCGUUCGUAGAGGAAGUGGAAGGCCAGCUGAUGGCUGAGCAUGCCUUGGCCAUGGUCUCCAAUGUGGGAGCAGAUAUGCCUCCAGAUCUACUACGACAGGUGCUGGAAGUGCUGGAUCCCAAGAGAAAGCUGGAGGGUGCAUGGGCUUGUUGUGAGGGCUCGGAGAAGGCAACCGAGGAACCCACUAAGCCUGGUAAAUAUCCUUGUGGGGAAAUUUGCCUGGAGCCUCUGGAGACUGCAGUUUCCCAUCUCUGCCCGGAACCUCCUGAGAGUGGAGUGUCUCAACUCUCCCCAGAGCCUCCCAAGACUCCAGUGUCUCAUAUCCACCCAGAGCCUCUCAAGACUGGAGUGUCCCAUCUCCGCCCAGAGACUCUCAAGACUCCAUUGUCUCAUAUCCACCCAGAGCCUCUCAAGACUGGAGUGUCCCAUCUCCACCCAGAGCCUCUCAAGACUGGAGUGUCCCAUCUCCGCCCAGAGCCUCCCAAGACUUGUCAGGUGUCCAGUCUCCGCCCAGAGCCUCCCCAAACUUGUCAGGUGUGCAGUCUCCACCCAGAGCCUCCAGAGCCUGGAGUGUGUCAUUUCCACCUGGAGCCUCCCAAGACUCGUCAGAUGUCCAAUCUCCACCCAGAGCCUCUCGAGACUGGAGUGUCCCAUCUCCGCCCAGAGCCUCCCAAGACUUGUCAGGUGUCCAGUCUCCGCCCAGAGCCUCCCAAAACUUGUCAGGUAUACAGUCUCCACCCAGAGCCUCCAGAGCCUGGAGUGUGUCAUUUCCACCUGGAGCCUCCCAAGACUCGUCGGAUGUCCAAUCUCUACCCAGAGCCUCUCGAGACUGGAGUGUCCCAUCUCCACCCAGAGCCUCCCAAAACUUGUCAGCUGUGCAGUCUCCACCCAGAGCCUCCAGAGCCUGGAGUGUGUCAUUUCCACCUGGAGCUUCCCAAGACUCGUCGGAUGUCCAGUCUCCACCCAGAGCCUCUCGAGACUGGAGUGUCCCAUCUCCACCCAGAGCCUCCCAAAACUCGUCGUAAGUCCAGUCUCCGCCCAGAGCCUCCUGACACUGGAGUGUCUCAUGUCCACCCAGAGCCUCCCAAGAGUCGUCGAUCAUCCAGUCUCCCCCAGGAACCCCCCAAGACUGGAGUGUCUCAUGUCCACCCAGAGCCUCCUAAGACUCGGGGGUCCAUUUCUAGCCCGGAACCUCCUGACACUAGUGUGGUGUCCAAUCUCCUACUAGACAUACUGAAACUGCUGGAUUCCCAGAAGGAGCUGAAGGAUGCAUGGGUUCGUUGUGAGGCCCGGGUGAAGGCAAACGAGAAACCCAGUGAGUCUGAUAAAUACCCUUCCCCAGAAGCCCUCCAGCAGCUUCCCGAGAGUCGGCUCUCCCGUCUCCGCCCCGAGCAUCUGAAGGCUCGUCUGGCGUCCCAUCUCCACCCAGAGACUCCCAAGACUCGUCGCGGGUCCAUUCUCUACCCAGAGCCUCUCAAGACUCGUCGCGGGUCCAGUCUCCAUCCAGAGCCUCCCAAGACUGAAGUGUCUCAUCUCCACCCAGAGCCUCCCAAGACUCGUCGCGGGUCCAGUCUCCGUCCAGAGCCUCCCGAGACUGAAAUGUCUCAUCUCCACCCAGAGCCUCCCAAAGCUCCAGUUUCCCAACAAUUAUCGGAGCCUCCCAAUAUUCGAGCGUCCUUUAUAAAAGCACUGUUUCCGGAAGAUACAACAAGCACAAGGAAGCGUUCUCCUCAAUUUAGAUACACGUCAGAAAAACUCCGUGACUUCUUCAAGUGGACUGAAGAGAUGGGAGCUGAUGAAGAAUCCAUCAGGGAUCUCUUUGAUUUUACUCCUGAGUGCAAACCAACCUGGUUCGACCAAAAGAUGAUGAAGAUAAAAGAGUGUUACUCAGAAAUGAAGUACAGCAGGCAACUAAGUGAAAAGGAUGAGGUCAAAUUCUUCUCACAGGAACAAGUGUGGAACAGGAAAACACAAAAAGCACCCAAUUCUUAUACUGCACAGCCUGUGAAGAUGAGGUAUGGAGCAUGGUACCUCAAGCCUAAGUUAUGGAGAAAGCUAAGAAGUGAUGAACCUUUGAUUGACCCCAAGCUCUUACUUAAAAAGCCUCAUAAACCCGACAUUCUUGAUGAACUUUAUAUACCAAUCGCCUUUAAGGAUUACAUUCAAAGCAAGGGCUACGAAAUGCCUGGCGUCAUUGAAAAGCUGUUUACCAGGAUGGGAUGGAAAUAUGACACUGUUAAGACUCCUAUGGAACGUGUAACAAAAUAUUUCAAGUACAAGCCAGAGGACACAGAUGUAAGGAGAGAAAACUAG